AUGGCGUUGCUGACAACGCUCUGUGACGAUUUUGGAUCGCGAUUCGGUGGAACGGAGGGCGCAGCCCUUGCCGCUGACCUACUGGAAGAGAAAUUUGCUUCCUAUGGGCUGGCUAACGUCCAUAAAGAUGCCUACGACUACGAUGGAUGCUGCAGAGGUGGAGGAAACCUCGUUUUCGUCGAUGAAGGGGUUGAGAAAGAUUUCGAGAAAGAGAAGGCUCGUCUUGCAGAAAAUAUUGUCAUUUCUCGGAGCGGCGGCAUCCACCGUAUGGAAAAGUAUGACCGCGCCAUUUUAUACGAUGCAAAUGGAUUCAUCUUUCAGAAUCACUAUCCCGGCUACGGCGAAGUCACCGGCACCGUUGGCUGGAAUCACGAAGCGGUUAUCCCCGGCAUCGGGAUCUCCUAUGAGACCGGGGAAUUUCUUCACCGCCUGUCUCGGCAAAAUGGGGCAGUGCGUGUAAGGAUUAAGACCACCGAUGCGUACCGCCGCACAACGGCGUGGAACAUUGUAGGGGAACUCCGUGGCACAACACAUCCCGAAGAGGUCAUUAUCGUUGGGUGUCAUUAUGAUGGACACGACAUCACGCAGGGUGCUAAUGAUCCACUCAGUGGGAUGGUGGUCGUCACAGAGAUGGCGCGUGUACUGUCGGCUUAUGCGGGGGAUGGGUUAGCUCGCACUGUACGAUUUAUCGCUUGGAGCAAUGAAGAGGUAGGAUUAUUCGGCGCGUAUCACGAUGCCCAGGGGUUAGGCGACAAUUUGGCGCAUGUCCGCUUUGUUUGGAACUUGGAUUCUGCCGGUAGUCCCGGCGGACGGAAAGGGAUUCAGCUUCACCGACUGCCGGAUUUUGAGCCUUUCAUUGGAAACGCAGCCGAAGAGAUGGGUCAAGAUAUCUCUGUUGGACAGGGUACUAGUUGUUACUCCGACCACUAUCCCUAUUUCCUCAAGGGUAUUCCAACGGGCAGCAUCACGACGGUCGGUCGUCCGCCCGGCAGGGGUUUUGGACACACGGCGUUUGAUACGGUGGAUAAGACCGAUGCCAUGUCUAUCCGAGAAGCAGCAGCACUCGGUGCACGGCUCGUCCUGCGUCAGUUAAAUGCGGAAUCGUUGCCACUUCAACUUCGAGAGGCGGAAGAGGUCGAGCGAUUUCUACAGGAAGACUCCGGGUUGGAACAACAUCGGCUGCGAGAGGCGGUUUACGAGAAACUUGGCAAGGAAAAUCUGCGGCAGUAUUGUGACGCUGUCAGAGCGUGA